CGUGGCUACCAAAUUGCCCGGCUUUCCAUGCCCUGCACUUGCAUUGUUCUCCUCCCCCACAGAAAUGAAUCUGCUCUGAUCUCAUGUAUUAAUUCACCCCACAAAAGAAAUAAAGCACGAAAAUGAUUAUAUUAUUUUCAAAUAAAGCCUGUACUUUGUUCAUCAAACAACACCGUAUAAUCAAUAAAACAAGGCAUCUUUGUGUUUCCGUCAAAUCUGACCAAAUUUCUGAAGAAAAUGAAGCGACAAUUGCAGAAAUCACUAAGAUUCUGAAGCAUCACAACUGGAAAUAUUUGUUGGAAUCCUCACAUAUUCCACAAAGAAUCAACAAUGUUGUGAUGCAUUCAGUGCUGCAAAGAACUGAUUUUUCUAUUCACCCAAAGCGCCUCCUUGACUUCUUCAACUGGUCGAAUAGUCAUCUGGGUACCUUUCAAGAUCUUCAAUCUUUCUCAAUUCUUGCAUUAGUUUUAUGCAGUUCUAAAAUUCAUUCACCUGCCAUUGAUUUGUUGAGCAAAUUAGUGGAUGCCCAGGUUUCGGUUUUUGAUAUUCAUAGCUCAAUUUUGAAUGUUUAUAAGGAAUGUGAGAGGUUUAAAUCAAGUUCUGUCGUGUUUGAGUUGUUAGAUAUAUGCAGGAAAAGGGCAAUGUGGAGUGAGGCUGCUUCUGUGUUUUUAGGUGUUAAAAAUGCUGAUCUUGCAAUCAGUUUGUUGUGUUGUAAUUCUUUGUUGAAGGAUUUGUUAAGAUGUAGUAGAAUGGAGUUAUUCUGGAAAGUUUACAGCGGAAUGAUGGAGAAAAAAAUGGAUUUUGAUAAAUAUACUUUUACUAGUGUGAUCAGUGCUUAUUUCAAGGUUGGCAAUGUCAGUGAGGCUAAAAGGGUUCUAUUUGAGAUGGGAGAGAGGGGUUGUAGUCCAAAUACGGUUACUUAUAAUGUCAUUAUCAGAGGGUUGUGUGGCGGAGGAGCUGUUGAUGAAGCUUUGGAGUUGAAGAAGACAAUGCUUGAGAUGGGAUUGGCGCCAGAUAGCUACACAUAUACAAUACUUAUUAAUGGGUUUUGCAAACAAAAGAGGUCCAAGGAGGCGAAAUUGAUUUUGGAAGAAAUGUAUAAAAUUGGUCAAAAUCCCAACCAUGUUGCCUAUACUGCAUUGAUUGAUGGGUUCAUGAAAGAGGGGAAUGUAGAUGAGGCUUUCCGAAUCAAGGAUACAAUGACUGCAUAUGGAAUUAAGUUGAAUGUUGUGACCUUUAACACUAUCAUAAAAGGGCUAUGCAAAUUUGGUCAGAUGGAGAAGGCAGUAGAUCUCAUGGACGAGAUGCUCAAAAUGGGAAUGCUUCCUGAAACCAAGACAUUCAAUUAUUUGAUUGAGGGGUAUAGUAGAGAGAGUAAUAUGGAUAAAGUUAGUGAACUCUUGGUUGAGAUGAAAGGAAGAAACUUGGCACCUUCUGCAUACACCUUUAGUGCUAUAAUCAAUGAGUUAAGCCGCUCAGGAUAUCACCAACUGGCUAAUCUCUUUUUGGAGAAAAUGUUCUCAGAAGGUAUCAAACCUAAUGCUAUUAUUUAUGCUACCAUCAUAAAAGGUUAUGUGCAGGAUGGUAAAUAUGAUGAGGCAAUAAAAAUUUUGGAGGAUAUGUGGCAGAAAGACAUCUGGCCUGAUGUUUUCUGCUAUAAUUCUAUAAUAAUUGGCCUUUGCAAAUCUGAAAGGAUGGAGGAAGCUAGAAAUUGUCUUAUUGAAAUGGGAAAGAGGGGAUUAGCUCCAAAUGCCUACACCUUUGGGGCAUUGAUUUCUGGAUAUAGUGAGGCAGGGGAAAUGCAUCUUGCGGAAAGAUAUUUCAUGGAGAUGCUGGAUCAAGGAAUAAAUCCAAAUCUUUACAUUUAUACAUCCGUGAUUGAUGCUCACUGCAAACAUGGGCACAUAACGCAGGCCUUUUCUAUGUUCAGAUGCAUGCUUGAGCGAAGGCUUCUUCCAGAUGUGCAGCUUUAUAGUACACUUAUAAAUGGCCUCUCAAAGAAUGGAAAAUUUUUAGAAGCAAUGAAAGUUUUCUCUGAUUUGUGUGAUAAGGGGUUAGUACCCGAUGUUUAUGCUUAUACUUCGCUAAUUUCUGGUUUCUGUAAGCAAUGUAAUAUGCUAGAGGCUUUCAGGCUUCAUGAUGAAAUGUGCCAGAAGGGUAUCAAUCCUAACAUCGUCACUUAUAAUGCCUUAAUAAGUGGACUAUUGAGAUCUGGUGAGAUGGAGAGAGCUAAAGAACUGUUUUCUGGACUAUCUGAGAAAGGUUUGAUACUUAAUGAGGUGACAUAUGCUACAAUGAUAGACGGAUGCUGCAAGUCAGGGAAUCUUGACGAAGCGUUCAUUUUAUUGGAGGAAAUGACAUCACAGGGGGUUCCACCAGAUUGUUUUGUGUACAAUGCUCUCGUCAAUGGGUGUUGCAAGCUAGGAAACAUGGAGAAGGCAUUGUCCAUAUUUCACGGGAUGGUAAAAGGGGGCACUGCAUCUGUUCUUACUUUCAAUACUUUAAUUGAUGGGUUUUGCAAGUCGGGAAGAUUGACUGAAGCAGUUGAGUUGGUGAAAGACAUGAUUGAUAAACGAAUCAUGCCUAAUCAUGUAACCUUCACAAUUCUAAUUGAUAAGCAUUGCAAGAUGGGCAUGAUGAAAGCAGCUGAAGAUCUUCUUCAGGAGAUGCAAAUGAGGAAUCUCACGCCAACAAAUGUGACUUACUCAUCCCUUUUACAUGGUUAUGACAAAAUGGAGGACAGGUCCAAGAUGUUUGCCCUAUUUGAUGAUUUAGUGGCAAAGGCUAUUGAACUCGAUGAAGUAGUGUACACAUUGAUAAUUGAUGCACUCUUUAAAGAAGGAAAUUUGGAGAAAGCCUUUAAGGUUUGGGAUGAACUUUUGGAAAAGGGUAUAUUAAAAAGAAACGUAAAUGAAAUACUGAUAGGGACCUGGUGUGGAAAUGCCGAAAUUUCAGAGAUAUGCACAUUAUUUGAUAAAGUGAGAAAGCAAGGAUAUAAACCAAGCCUUGUUACAUGCAGUACCUUAGUUUGUGGUUUGAAACAAUUGGGAUAUGUAGAAAAACUAGAAAAUAUUAUAGAUAUUAUGGUGAAGUUUGGCUGGGUACCAAAGUCAAUGAGUUUAGAUGAGUUGAUAAGUCAAUAUCAUAGGGGAGAUUCUGAGGGUAGUGACCUCUUUGGGCAAGCAGCGGCAGAAGUUGCUCAUUAGGUGUAAGCCUUACUCGAAAGGAUAAUGGAAAUGGCAGCUUCUUUGUGAUGCUUCCUUUAGUGGCUUUUUGAACCAAUUGUCAAACCAAGGUGGAUCGGCUUCUCGUUUCAGGAUCUCUUUCCCACACUGUGAAAAGCUCCAUCAUAGCUGAAUCUAGAUCAAAUCUUCGAUUUGGUAGCUCAUGAUUUUUUAUCUUUGAAGAAUCACAACAUGGUAAUAUUCGAAAUUUUCAAGGAGUGUCUUCCCCUGCAUGAGAGUGCUCUUAGACAUGUUAUAAAGGAGAAAUAUGAGGGCUGCAAGUUCAAGCAAGAACUAAGUGGAAAGCAAGAAAGAUUGAUGUUUUUAUGUGGUA